CUCUUUUGGGCUGCUCUCUGCGAGAAAAGAAACCGGAAUAAAACACACGGAAAUCAGCGGGGAGACUCCGAUCGGGCCUGCAGGCCGGGUGUGUAAUACACCACCAUCUGUGUGUUUUAGAGGCUUUCUCUUCUUAUCUCCUCCGGCAGCUCCUGCUGUCUGCCAUGACAUGUGUCACUGAGAAACAGAGCAGUUCCGUCUUUCUGUCGUAACAUGACGUGUCAAACGAGCGAAUGUGAAAAUGGAGGGGAAGUGUCAGUGAUUCGCUCGCCUGGUCCUUGAGUCUCUCUGCUGGACGCUACAAGUUGGGCUUAUUUGCAUGAUCCUGCCAUGUCGGGGGCCCAUUUAAUGUCCAGGGUGAGGUCUGUGUUCCGGAAGGAGCGGGCGGACUGCGGCCUGAGCGACGCCUCCACCUUCGACUGGUCCUCUGAGCUGGAGGACGAGGAGGUGCCCCGCUUCAGCGAGCUCAGGGUGGUGGUCUCUGAUGGGCCCCAGAGCAACGGGGCCCCCGGGGCCACCGACGAGGAGGAGGAGGACGACGACGACGACUCGCUGCUGGGCUCGUCCUCGGGUCUGGGCCCUGUGGCGCCCGCGCGGUCUUGCGAGGGCUGCAGGAAGAGGAGGGAGAGGACGAGCCGGGGCCGCGUGAUGAAGAGGCUCGGCUGCGCGUCGCUGCUCUACUUUCUGUUCAUGGUGGGCGAAUUGACAGGUGGUUAUGUCGCUAAUAGCCUAGCGAUUAUGACCGAUGCUCUUCACAUGCUAACGGAUCUCAUCGGUAUUAUUGUGUCCUUGCUUGCCCUCUGGCUGUCUGCAAGAAGCCCGUCUAAAAGGUUCACCUUCGGAUUGCACCGUCUCGAGGUGGUCUCCGCUGGAAUCAGCGUCUUGCUGAUAUACAUUCUGACCGGAGUGCUUCUGAACGAGGCCGUGCAGAGGACCAUCCACCAGGACUUCGACAUCGACGGAGAUGUCAUGCUCAUCACCGCCGCCGUUGGGGUCGCGGUGAACCUCGUAAUGGGUUUCCUGUUGAACCAGUCUGGUCAUCUACACUCCCACUCGCACUCCCAGGAGCAGCCUCCACCAAAUGGCCCCCACAACACACCCCAGGGAAGCCUGGCUGUGAGGGCAGCUUUCAUCCAUGCCCUGGGAGACCUGGUGCAGAGUGUUGGGGUUCUCAUAGCAGCCUACAUUGUCCGCUUUAAGCCAGAGUACAAGAUUGCAGAUCCGAUCUGCACGUACAUUUUCUCAGUCCUCGUCUUGUUCACAACAGUAAGAAUUGUAAGGGACACAGGAAUAAUCUUACUUGAAGGGGUCCCACGGCACCUCGAUGUGGCACGAAUCCGAGAGGAGCUGCAGGGGCUCGAGGGCGUGCAUGCGGUCGAGGAUCUGAACGUGUGGGCAUUGACAGGGGACAAGACUGCUGCCUUGGUGCACCUGCAGCUCUCACCUUCUAGCGGCAGCAGCUGGGAGGAAGUUCAGGGCAGGACCAGGCACCUGCUGUUGGACACCUAUGGCUUCUACAAGUGCACAGUUCAGCUGCAGAGCCACCGGAUCAACACCCCCAGCACGUGCUCCCACUGCCAGGCCCCGAGCGCUUGAGGGAUCCACCGUGUGGCACAUGCAGAUUUUUUUUUAAAACCUUUCCCUUUUUUUAAAACGGUGCAACGCAAGCAGCAGCGCUAUACACGCUGCGUCCCAAUUCCACAAAUUGCCAAAGGACACUCACUAAUUUUACACUAAUGAAUGCACUUUUAUUUUUAGCAGGAAAAAAAAUCUGGAC